GCUCUUUGAUGACAUGCGACGACACCUUUCUUCCUUCCCACAUUGGUACCAAACUUCUUCUUAGAAAUGGAGGAGAAAUGUUCAUUUCCAAGUAUGUCAGAAGAACUAACACCCAAAAAUUUUUAAGUUAUGUUGAAGUUGAAGUCUUUAAACCCCUUUCCUAUGUUUCAAGUGGACGUGAAUUAAACUCGGAUCUAGUAAUCAAAAAUGAAAAUGGAACAUACUUCUUACAACUCUCUACUGAAAGUAAAGGAUGGAAAAAUACAUCAAAAGUUGGCAUGUCUGUAGUCAUACCUGGCAAACCAAGUUUCCUGCUGACUGAAAUCCUCAGUAGUGUAGAAGCCAUUGGAGUUCCUGUAGUGGACUUUUCUGUGGAUGAUCUAUAUGUACAGGACAAUCACUGGUUUGUUUUUAAUAUGGGAGCAUAUGAAAACUAUGAAAAUGUUACGAAGUGGCCAUGGUUCUUGCAAGAAAAAAACUGUCACAACAGCAUUGAACGUGACGCCAGCAUAUUGUAUCAAACAUACAAGUUGGACAUUGGUGAAAAAUGGACUUUUUCUGUAACAGCAAAUAUAUGGGGUUUUGAUCCAAUUCCUAUGCCAAUCAAUAUCCCAAUCAUUUACACUUCUGUUUUAACCCAAGGCACAGAAAUGGUCUCAUCUGACCUGCAGAAAACCUUCCGAGCUGAAAACUUAACUGUUAAUUUCACACCAUUGAAAAUUAAAAAGUGGGAGACAGCACUGAAUUUCUAUUUGUGGAGUGCAUCUUUACUUUGCCCAAAGACUGCUGUUACAUUAACCAUUCAAGUAACUUGCCCAUUUGGGAAAAAAAUUAAGUUUUAUUAUGACUUUGAAGGGAAAUUGUCACCACAUCAGCUGGAAAAAGCCUACAAGGAUUCAGAAAAGUUUUUCACCCUUCCAGUUAAUUACAGACCACCAUCUAAGAAAGGUAUUGCAAUUCCAACCACAGAAAAUAUUUACAAUGCUGACCCUAGUAAGCCUAAACACAACAACUAUUACGAAAUAUCUAAGAACUCGGGAACGUAUAAGCAGUGUCUUGGUAAGAGUUCACGAGAAAAGUGUGGGUGUACUGAUGAGAAGAAAGUCUCAAGAUAUGCACAAGAAAGUGACUGUAUUGAAAAAGUCUACCUGCUUAAACACCCUGCCAUACUAAUUCCUAACCUGACCUUGUUACAUCCAGAAUUUCCGGAGGUACCUCUUUCUCCUCCUUACUUUAUAUAUGUAAUUGAGAUCAACCACAGGGAGGACUUUACUGUUACAUCAACUGCAACUCCUUCACUCAUUCGACUACGAAAAAACCAAAAAAUUCCAAAUCAUAAGAUUUUACAAGAUCCUUCUUCAUUAGUGAUUACCAUGAAGGGCACUGGUCUGUACCACUUCAGAGUGUUAGCACUGGAUAAAGUUUCCUUUUGUGAUCUUUCCGAGGAUAUUGCUGUCUAUGCAAUAACAACUUCUUUAGCCUAUCCACUGUAUUACCUUAUUAAUGCCAGUGUGGUCACAUUGUUGGCCUGUGCCCUUUGUGCAUCGUAUCUCUACCUCCACCGAAAAGGUGGUACUGCUCAGAUCCCAGUUAACGUACCAACCUGCGAGUCAUAUUAUAAGCAGAAGUAUGAAUAAAGAAAGUAUCAACCACAAGAAGGAGAGGUUCAAGAAUUGUUCGGUUCAUUGUUGAAGAGUAUUACUUUUACAAUGUUAGUUUUUCUUGUUGGCGAAUUUUCUGUGACAUCAUUCUUAUUUUUUUAAUAAAUGUUUGUAAUACAUACAAAAUACUUGUGAACUGUUUAUUUGCAAACUGUAGUAAAUUUGUUAGUUAUCAUGCAUGAGUAUACAUAAACUGAGUUCCUCAGUAAUUUGUUGCCUUAACUGUCCCCAAUCAGCAAUUUUUGCUGUUAUAGUUACAUUUUAUAUCAACCCAUUUUAAUGAUUUAUAUCUGUGAGAACACUUAACUUUGCCCAUGCAAAGAUUAUGCACAAGUAUGUUAAAUAGUAGUGAAAAGGGGAAUCAACAAAAAGAGACUCGUACCUAAUUUUUGCAUGAGCAAAGAUAAGUGUUAUCGUAGACAAACUGUAACAGCUAUAAAUCAUUAAAAUGGGUUGAAAUAAAACAUAACUAUAACAACAACAACAAAUUUUUAAGCUAGUCAAAUAACUUGCCUUGAGGUUCAAGUCCUUCAUACACGUAAAAAAAAAGAACUGAUGUUUAUAAAUAUUUUGUUCUACAUAAAUUUAGCUUUAUGCAACAAUGCUAUGUAUGGAUUACUUGAUUGUUUACUGUG